AUGUUGUGGGAGGAGUUAACCAAUUUUCGACCCAAUUGCAACUGUGGAAAAUGCACUUGUGGAGGAGUUAAGGAAAUGAACAAAUACUUUCAAAUGGAGUAUAUCAUGAGCUUUCUUAUGGGUCUACACGAAUCAUUCUCACAGGCUAGGGGACAAAUACUGUUGAUGGAUCCCUUACCUCCCAUCAACAAAGUAUUUGCGUUGAUCACUCAGGAAGAAAAUCAAAGGAGAUUAAACACACGACCAUUUGGAAGUGAUGCGAAUGGUGCUGCAGCUUUUGCCCUAAAAUCUGACAUUGCAAAGUCGACGACAAAUACUAGAUUUCCUAAUGACAGUCCCAGAUCUGCCAAUCUGAUAAAUAUUAGGAAGAAUGAGAGGCCCUACUGUACACAUUGCAAACUCCAUGGACAUUCGAUUUACAAAUGCUAUAAGAUCCAUGGAUACCCACCUGGUUACAGAACAAAGUCAAUGGAGAAUUUCAGAAUCAGCCUAUUACUAAUUCAGUCAAUCAAAGUUUGGAUAGUGGAUUCAGGGGCCACUAAACACGUGUGCUGGAAUGCUGAUGCAUUCAUGGCAAUGAGAACUAUUAAGAAUGCCAGCAUCACUCUGCCAAACCAUGAAGCUGCAACUAAGAAGAUGAUUGGUAGGGGUGACAAAGUACAAGAUCUAUAUGUACUUGACAUAAGAUUUUUCAAUUCAGUUUCUAAUGUAUUUGUUGGAAAAGUUGUAGCUCACAUAUGGCACAAUAGACUUGGCUAUUUAUCCAUUAAGAGAUUAGAAGCCUUGAAGGAACAUGUCACUUGUGAUAUUUUGAAAAUAAAUAAACAUCUUCCAUGUUACAUUUGUCCUAUUGCAAAGCAAAGAAGAUUGUCGUUUGAAUCCAAUAACAAUUUAUCCAGGAAACCCUUUGAUCUCCUACAUUGUGACAUAUGGGGGCCUUAUCAUGUCCCGUCUCACUUAGGAUACCGGUAUUUUUUUACACUUGUAGAUGACUAUUCCAGAUUCACCAGGGUAUACAUGUUAAGACAGAAAUAUGAUGCUGUGAAGGUUGUCCAUCGAUUCUUUUGCAUGAUAGCCACACAAUAUAAUGCUAACAUCAAAUGUUUCAGAUCAGAUAACGCACAUGAAUUGUCCUUCCAUGAAUUCUUUGCUGAAAAGGGGGUGCUACACCAAUUUAGUUGUGUGGAAAGGCCACAACAAAACUCCGUGGUUGAAUGGAAACAUCAACAUCUUUUAAACGUAGCUCGUGCUUUAUUUUUCUAG